UUUCCUCUGCCUUUAACGGUAAACAAUCCCCUAAUUUUCUCAUUUCUUCACAAACCAAAAUGAAUCCCCAAAACACAAUCGAAUUACCAUCAACGCCACUCUUAUCAACAACAUCUAGCAGCAGCAACACAAGCGGUGAAAGCCCGGUUACAUCGAACCGCUUCCUUGAUCACUACAACAUCCCAAAAACACCUUCUUCGUGUUCAUCAUAUCGAUCACUUUCCGUCCUCACGGGACACGAUGGCUCGGUAUCGUGUCUAGCAAUAUGUGGUGAAUUCAUUCUUAGUGCUUCACAUGGGAAAGACAUUAUUGUAUGGCAACAACCCGACCUUAGACAAUUUACUAAAUUCGGACAAGGGGAUGGAUCGGUAAAAUCAGUAGUUACCGCAGGAAACAAAGUUUUUACCGCCCAUCAAGAUUCAAGAAUUAGGGUUUGGAAAGUGUCAAGAAGUUCUGAAAAUGUAUUCAAACUUGUGGACACACUUCCAACUACUAAAGAUUAUUUGGGAAAGUUUAUGAAACAAAGUAAUUAUGUACAAACAAGAAGGCAUCAUAAAAGGUUAUGGAUUGAGCACGCGGAUAGUAUAUCGUGUUUAGCGGUUUCAAAUGGCCUGGUUUAUUCGGGCUCAUGGGACAAAACUUUAAAAGUGUGGCGGGUCAAUGAUUUAAAGUGUUUAGAAUCGAUAAAAGCGCAUGAUGACGCUAUAAAUGCGUUGAUCGCGAGCAAUGGAAUAGUGUAUUCGGCUUCUGCGGAUGGUAAGAUAAAAGCAUGGGGAAGAAGUAAGAAUGAGCCAAAAAGUUCACAUUCUUUAAAGGGUAUUUUGGAGGGACAUAAAGAUAUAUCGAUAAAUUCCGUGGUGGUUUCAGAUGAUGGCACGGUGGUUUACAGUGGAGGGUCAGAUGGGUAUAUUAUGGGAUGGUUAAGUAACAAAGAUUUUGAUAGUUGGAAGUGUAUAUGUGAAGUUAAGGCACAUAAUAUGGCAAUUUUGUGUAUGUGCAUAAAAGGUGAAAUAUUAUGUAGUGGUUCAAGUGACAAAAGUAUAUGUAUAUGGAAAAGGGAAAUGAAAGGUUUGACCAAGAUUGGUGUGGUCAAAGGGCAUGGAGGUCCUAUUAAGUGUUUACAAGCUUCACCAAAUAGUGUUGGAGGUGGCUUUUUGCUAUAUAGCGGUAGCCUUGACAAGAGUAUAAGAGUUUGGUGGGUUCCACAUUAUAAUUAUGAUUAUGAUGAUGAAGUUAACAAAAAGGAUUUGAUCAAGUCAUCUAGUCAGUGUACAAGCAGGAUGAUGAUAUCAGUCUAAGGAUGACCUUUCUUGUGGUGAUACUUGAUAAUUUUAUUGAAGCACUGAUCCCUUUUUUGAGUGUUUGCAGUGCCAUUUAUAUAUAUGGUUUUUUUUUUUUGGUAUACAGUGAUUAAUUUGUUCAUGUCUUUUGUUUUUUGCUGCUGUUGUUUUUUUUUUUGGUCAGAAAUGCAAGUGGUGUUAUGAGAUUUGGUCAUACGGGUAUAUAAAUUUGUCAAGAUAUAUCAAAUGAUUCAUCAAAGUUUCAAUUU